UUACUCUAAAAAAAAGUAAAUAAAAAAAGCCAUACAGUUCACAAAUCAGAAACUAGUUAUAAAUUCAUUGUCAGUAACUCAAAUCUCACCUUCACACUUCUUCACACAUUCAAUUCAACUCCACCACUUUUUCUUAUGUUAUAUCAUCUUGUAUAUUGAAAUACAAUUCAAGUUUAAUCAUAAACAAAACAAAGCUUUAUCAAACUCAACAAUGGUGGUAAAAAAACCAAAGAUUGUCAUAAUUGGAGCUGGAAUGGCAGGCCUAACAGCAGCAAACAAGCUCUACACUUCAUCAGCUUCAAAGGACUUAUUCGAACUUUGUAUCGUCGAUGGCGGAACAAGAAUCGGCGGAAGAAUCAACACUUCCGAAUUCGGCGGUGACAGAAUCGAGAUGGGAGCUACAUGGAUCCAUGGAAUUGGUAAUAGUCCAAUUCACAAAAUAGCUCAGGAAACAAACUCACUUCAUUCAGAACAACCUUGGGAGUGCAUGGAUGGAAACAACAAUGAUGAAUCGGUUAUUACAGUUGCGGAAGGCGGUUUUCAUCUUCAACCUUCCAUUGUUGAGCCUGUUUCAAAGCUUUUCAAGAGCCUCAUGGAGUAUUCACAAGGGAAGUUAACUAAAGAGACUGCGAAAGGUGAGGUUUUAAGUUACUAUAACAUGGCUGUUAAAGCUUCUUCUUCGAGCUUUGGCUCGAAGAAGAAUCUUAGUAUUGGUUCUUUCUUGAGACAAGGUCUUGAGGCUUACUUCGAGUCGGUGAAAGAAGGAGAUGAAGUUAAUGGGAAUGGUGAUUGGAACAAGAAAUCGCUUGAGGAAGCGAUUUUCGCAAUGUAUGAGAAUACCGAAAGGACUUAUACAUCGGCCGGUGAUUUGGAGUGUUUGGAUUAUGAAGCUGAGAGUGAGUAUAGAAUGUUCCCAGGUGAAGAAAUUACAAUUGCUAGAGGCUAUUUGAGUAUAAUUGAUUCUAUAGCUUCUGUUUUACCACCUGGUUUGGUUCAAUUAGGUAGAAAAGUUCGAAAAAUCGAAUGGCAGCCGCAGAAAUUGUGCGCGGAACAUGAUUAUGAUUAUGAGAGAAAUAAUGUUUUUAGGCCAGUUAAGCUACAUUUCUGUGAUGGAUCUGUUAUGUAUGCAGAUCAUGUUAUUGUUACUGUUUCACUCGGAGUUUUAAAAGCUUCGAUUUCUCAUGAUGAGGAUGAUGAUGAUGAUGUUAAAGGUAUGUUAUUCUGUCCUAAGCUUCCGAAUUCAAAAGCUGAAGCAAUUUCGCGGCUAGGUUUUGGUGUUGUUAACAAGUUGUUUAUGCAAUUGAGUAAUUUAACAACAACAAAAGAUGAUGUAUCUUCGAAAGGGUCGUUUCCGUUUCUUCAAAUGGUGUUUCAUUCGCCUCAAAACGAAACACGGGACAAGAAAAUCCCAUGGUGGAUGAGAAAAACCUCGACACUUUUUCCUAUUUACAACGGUUCGAGUGUUCUUUUGUCGUGGUUCGCUGGCGAAGAAGCAUUGGCACUCGAAUCACUCGAAGACGAAGAGAUUAUGAAUGGCGUUGCAUCAACCGUUUCGAACUUCGUACCACCUCAUUCGAAAUCAAUAAGCAAAGUUUUGACGAGUAAAUGGGGGACAGAUCCUUUGUUUUUAGGAUCAUACAGUUACGUCGCGGUUGGAUCGAGCGGCGAAGAUUUGGAUACAAUGGCUGAACCUUUGCCAAUGAAGAUGAAAGAUGAUAACAAUAGUUUUUCAUAUGAUCAUCCACUUCAGAUUUUGUUUGCAGGAGAAGCAACUCAUAGAACUCAUUAUUCAACAACUCAUGGAGCUUAUUUCAGUGGUCUUAGGGAAGCUAAUAGGCUUCUUCAACAUUAUCAUUGUGUUGGGAUUUUGAACAACUAGUAUUAUUAUUAUUUUUUUUUGUUUUUUAAUUUUUGAAUAUUAUUAUUAUUAUUAUUAUUUCUAUUUUCAACUUUAAAAAAAGGUCUUUGUUGUUUCUCUCUAAGAAAAUUUAGUAGUGAGUGAUUGGGGAAAAAUAUCAAUAUUAGAAAGGUCAAGAUGAAUAGUGAAAAAUGUAGACAUUAAGCUUGUUUGUACUACUUGAAGGAAAGUUUCUCCAAAUAUUUAUUUAUCUCUUCAUUUAUGAGUGUA